UGAAAGUUGUAAACUGCGGUCACUCUGUUUCUUGUUUGUUUUUGAAAUUUGAGUAAUCUUGCUGUUGCGAUGUCUCAGCAAAUCCGCGUUUUGCAAUGCAAAGAAUGUGAUUUAUACCAGGUGGACAUUGUUAAAAAGUCCAACAAGUGGGACUGCAAAGUUUGCCGCCAAAAGCAAGUUGUACUUCGUGAAUUCUUUCGAGGAACUGGAGCCGAAUGUCGCCUGAAAGUGCAGGAACUAAAUCUGGAGCAUGGACAGAAACGCCAUGCCCAACGUCAGAUAUUAGAUGCGCAGGAUGUUGGUCUCGAUACUGAAGUGUUGCCAGCCCAGCGAACAAGUAAAUGGGCUGCUUUUGUGGAUAAGCCGACAGAACAAGCAUCAAGAAAUGAUUCUCUACCAUCACAAUCAGUUAAGCGACCAAGUAAAUGGGCUGCCUACGUGGAUGAGUCAACAAAUCAAGUACCAAAGGUUGACAGACGUACAAAUAAUAAACUCACCAAAGGAUCUAGUAAAUGGGCUGCCUUUGUUGAUGAACAAGAGGCAUCAAAGAUGCAACGGAAGUCUUCAGUAAUAAGCCUGGACUCUGAUGAAGUGGAGUUUUCCUUUGCGAAAAGCAGAUCAAGUGGUUCCAACAAACGCAGGUCCGAAGAUAAUUCCAGUGCCAACAUAAAGCCUUUUUCCAAAUGGCAAAAAUUCCUUUGAACUUUUCUUAAUCUUAUUUCCAAGUUAAGCAACCAAUAAAGUAUUGUUGUAUAGGUAUUUUUAUUAAAAUUGAUUUGUUUUUAUAAUAUUUGAAACGCGUAAUGGAAGCCGUUGAGUACAUAUUUGAUGUGUAUAGAGAAUCAACGCUUCCAUCGGACUAAUCGAAUAUAAUUUUUCAUUUAAGAGUUCU